AUGGCAGAAAACGUGAAGGUGGUCGUACGAUGCCGACCGAUGAACAAGCGUGAACAACAAUCAAACUGUAAGAGCGUAAUACAGAUCGACAAUUCAUUGGUAAAUCUAGACAAUCCGAACGACACGAAUGCACCGCAAAAAUCGUUUCAAUUCGACAAUGCGUACGGGUAUGCGGCAACAACGGAAAACAUUUAUAGUGACAUCUGUUACUCCUUGGUGGAAAGCGUUCUCGAGGGCUACAAUGCGACGAUCUUCGCUUACGGCCAAACCGGCUGCGGUAAAUCGCACACAAUGCAAGGAACCACCUACAAUCUCUCGGCAGCGGAUCCCAACAAUGCGAACAACAUCGGCAUCAUACCAAGAUCGUUCGAGCACAUCUUUGAAGCCAUCUCACUUGCCAGCGAGGUACGGUACUUGGUGUUGGUUAGCUAUCUGGAAAUCUACAACGAAACCAUACGAGACCUGCUGCAACCACAAAACCAAACCGCCGGUAGCUUGCAGAUCAAGGAAGUGCCUGGUGAAGGUGUAGCCGUUCAAAACCUUUCCCAGCAUACCGUGCACGGGAUGAGGGAAUGCAUUGAACUGUUGGAGCUGGGCGCAAAGAAUCGUAUGGUCGGAGCCACGCUUAUGAACAUCGAAAGUUCCCGCUCGCAUUCGAUCUUCAGCAUCAGCCUCGAGCAGAUGUCUACGAGCGUCGAAGGUGAGGGAGCUUCGAUCAAACGUGGCAAACUAAAUCUGGUCGAUUUAGCCGGUUCCGAACGGCAAAGUAAAACCGGCGCAACUGGGGAGCGUCUUAAGGAGGCAACGAAAAUUAAUCUCUCACUAUCGGCACUAGGCAACGUGAUUUCGGCCCUGGUCGAUGGGAAAACGAGACACAUUCCAUAUCGCGAUUCGAAGCUUACCCGACUGCUGCAGGACUCGCUGGGCGGAAACACGAAAACGUUGAUGAUUGCAUGCAUUUCGCCGGCCGAUUACAAUUACGACGAAACGCUGUCCACAUUGCGGUACGCCAGCAGGGCGAAAAACAUUGCCAACAAGCCGCGCGUUAACGAGGACCCGAAGGAUACGAUGCUGAGGGAGUAUCAGCAGGAAAUUAUGCGACUUAAGGAAUUGCUCAAAGGAGGUGAAAAUCGGUCAUUGGACAUAAAUGGACACCAGGAAUCGAUGAGUUUGGGCGUGGAAAGGCAAGCACUCAAAACACAGUACGAUCAGGAAGUGAUGCAUCUGCGUCGUGAGUACGAACAGCAGAAGAUCGCCAAACAGGAGCUGGUGAAGGAUAUCGAGAAGAUAAAGGCGUACUACGAGCAGCAGAUGCAGCUUCUAACGACGAAGCAGCUUUCCGAUGGGGAGAAGGAUCUUACCACCACGGCCCAACUAGCUAACCGAGAUCGUAAGGAAAUUUAUGAUCGUAUCAAACAGAUCAAGGAUGCCCUUAUUGGUGGAGAGCGAGCGAACGACAUUCAGCUCAAGGAGAAGCGAUAUCGCAACAAGCUUGCCUCGGAGAAGCGAAUCAACGCCCUAGCACAAGCACUCGGACGUAUCGAACAGGCAGCAGACCGAGAUUUCCUACAGGGCCAUUGUUCCGACAUUCAGCAGGAGCUAAAGGUACGAUACGAACAGAUACGGGCGUUAAGGAAGCGUUCCAAGUUUCUCGAGCAGGAAGUAUCCGACAUACAGGGUGAGUUUCAGCGCGAACGAGACGAUUACCUGGCAACGAUAAGACUGCUGGAGAAGAAGAUUCUCUUUUACGAAGCGGUGUUCCAGAAGGCCAUGCCCGUUCUUCGGAAGGAUGGUCGAUACUGGAAUUUGGAGUGUCUCGAGAAAGAAUCGGAAUGGAGCGAUGAUUUGCGCAAGUGGCGUUUACCGGACGACACAUUGUUACGGCUACGAUUGCCACCGGCCGAAACACCACCUCCACCAGCACCUCCGGACGAUACAUCCCCCGGCAAACUGAAUGGACGCGAAAGUCAAACUUCCUUAACUGCACCGGGCCGCCUGGAGCGUAGCUCAACGAUGAUACUUGCCAAACUGCCGGAUUUUCAGCGCGACAACAAAGCACUGACCGGACCGGAUGAGCAUCAGCAGCGCCACAAAAGUGAUUUCCUUAGCAAAAGCACCAACAGCAAUCCCUUUCCGAAGAUCGAAGACGUCGCGAUGACGUACUUUAGACCGCGGCGAGCCGCCGAACUGGUGUACAAGAGUGGGUGGCGAUCGUUUCAGAAAUGA